CUUGAAUUUCACCGUCAAAGUAUAAUCUAGUCUAAUCUAAUCUAAUAACCAUCAGAUUUCAUACAAAUAGAUUCUUUGUUUCAAGACAACUAAAGUAAUUUUCGGAAACAACAGUCUUUGAUAGGAGAUAGAUAGAUAAAAAGAACCAUUUUCAUUUUGUGACGUAGCGAAUUUCUCGAUCAAAUUCUAGUGUUUCAUUGUAUCGGAGAUAUUUAAUUUUUAUCCUGUAAUUGAGUUAUCUGAUUAUUGUUACUAGGAGAAGAACGAAUUUAGAGUUUUUUUUCCUUUUCCUUUUUGAUGAUUUUAAAGGAAUUUAAAACGAUCAGGAGAAUCCAAAUGGUAAUUUAGGGUUUUAAUUGAAUUUAAAUAAUGGGUUUGGGAGAUCUUGAUAGCUUAGAUGAUGAUGAAGGUGGUAAUGGUGGUGGGGGGAGAAAAUCAGUAGUAGAGGUUUCUUUAUCUUAUGCUCAGUGUUCGAUUUGUCUUGAUGUUAUUGAAGACAAUGGGGAGAGAUCUAGGGUUAAACUUUAUUGUGGGCAUGAAUUUCACCUUGAUUGCAUUGGCUCGGCCUUCAAUUCAAAGGGAGUAAUGCAAUGCCCAAACUGUAGAAAAAUUGAAAAAGGACAGUGGCUGUUUGCUAACGGCCAUCGUUCUUGUCCUGAAUUGAGCAUGGAUGACAUGGUACCAGAGGAGGAUCUUUAUGAUCUAAGUUAUACUGAAAUGUCGUUUGGAGUUCAGUGGUGCCCAUACAAUGGAUUGACUCGGGUUUCUUCUUCAUUUGAAGAAGGCGACUCACCAUCAAAUGCAUAUCAGGAAUUACUAGGGCACCAUCCUAUCUUUGCAGAGCAUACAGCUCCAUCAUCAGUUGCUCAUUCGUGCCCAUAUAUCCCAUACUUCAACCCAUUUCACUCAUCUUUAAAUUCAAAUGAAAGUGCUGCUGAUAGGCUCAGUUUCAGUCAUCACUGGAAUGGUCUGUCAGGGCUCAAUGACAUCUCAACCACUCAUGCCUUUUCGGCUGUGGAUGUCCCCUACCCUAGCUGGGAACACCAAUCUCCCUCCUCUUUCACCCCAAGUACCAGUCAUGGAAGUAGUGCUGACCAGGCUUCUGUUCCAUCAACAUCGCUAAGACCCACCCGGGGAGAUGGGGAUGGUCAAGUAAGACCUGGACCUUUUGUGCGUCCGAUUCUUCUUGGUAAUGGGUCUGGCUCCAGAGCAGGAAGCUCUUCUGCCUCCUCAAUGGUUCCACCAUAUCCUAACAACAGCUCUCGAGGCCAUGAGCGGAUGUUUCAGGGUCUCCACGCAUUUCAUCAACAGCAACAAACAAGCCCAAUUGGCUUACGUGUGCAUGUGCCUAAUGUGAGGCGAUCCAGUGGUCCAAGGGGUUUAGCAGCUUCUGCAGGCCCAGUGACUUCAUCUUCAGAUCGUACCAGCGGUUUUUUUGUCUUUCCUUCUUCGUCUGGUUCAUCUGGACAGAAUAUCCAAGAAACAGAGAACCAACUGCGGACCCGCUUCUAUGCAUGGGAGCGAGAUCGGUUUGCUCCAUUCCCUUUGGUCCCAGUAGACAGAGAGUCUAACUGGUGGGGUCCAUUCCAUCAAGCUUCUAGCGGGUCAGAUCCCAGCAGCAGGGGUAGCUAUUGGCACAGGUAUGGUGGAUCCGAAAGGAUGCCGUCGCAGAGUAGGUCAGAGAGUUCUCACUAUCAACCACUUCAUCAUCCUUCUGGAAGAAUGCAUCCCUUCAUUUGAAGUGAGCCAAAAAAACUAAAAAUGGAAAAACUAGUUUUGUUUGUAUGAAAAGGUGCUAAGGUGCUGGUCUGCAGUAGCGCUAAGACCCAAAACUGAGUCUGUAGACAUUUAUCUUUCGUGGUUGUCGUGUGGCUUGAAAACUCUAAAACCGAAACCAACCUUUCCCUCAGGUCACAUGACAGAUGUGUGAUGAAUUUGGCUUCCUGUGAUAAUUGGCCUUGAGAAUAUUACAAAAAUAACAACAUAUAUUGUCUCUUUAGAUUCGAAGUACAUGUUCUGAUGUCAUAGACUCAUUUGUGUUUGUACUAAUCCAACCAUUGAUUCUGGCAAUACGAGACCGCACUUGGA